UGGUUAUUCGACAAAGCAGAAAUCUGCCUACUUCAUGCCCCCUCCCGAAUCUUCUUAGGUUAGUAUAUUAAAAUUUGGUGCUUGCGAAUGUGCUCGAGCCCUGGCAGCGGUAAAUUUUAUGUCUAUCCUAUGCGCAGCACUUCACCUGAUAAAAUUCUCCUCACUUUUAACAGCCAGGUUCUCUAACCUAACAUUUGAUCCACGCUUGAAAUUUGGCUUCCCCUCGCCAUGGCUCUGCCUCUAUGUACCAAUAUCGUCAUCAUAUCUGUUACUUUUGCUGUUCUAGCGAUUGCAGCAGUCUGCCUUCGCUUUCGGGCCCGGCGGCUUCAAGAGGCCAAGUACGGCAUCGAUGACUAUUUAAUCGUGAUCGGGUUGGUCUUUGCGGUAGCAAUGUCUGUGAGCAAUAGCAUUGUUCCAGGUACUUUAUAAUUACUUACCUUAUUUUUAUAAAUCUUCCUAUUAUAUACCCUACGUUUAAUCCUUUAUAUAUUUAAUAUCUUUAUAAAUUUAUACCCAGGCGUUAUUUUUACC